AUUUCUGUGUUGGCUCUGGCUGUUUACGCCUAUCUUCUGGUGAUCCUGCCAAUUCGAUGGGGCACCGUGGAGCUGAGUAGCGGCAGAGCGCCGAGCUUGUCAGGCGUGUGGUCCAAGUUUGAGCCCGGCAACCUCGGACAGUGGUUGGGAACGUCCAUUUUCGCGCAGGAGGCCGUGGUCGUCAGCCAGUGCGUCUACCAGGAUAUGCACCUAAGAGACUAUCGGGCCUUCCGACCUGUGUUGGUGUCGAGCUUCAUGAUCUGCUCGAUAGCAAGCACCGCGCUGGCGGCCUUUGGCUGCAUGUGCUACGGUGAUUCCGUGAAGCAGGUCUUCUAUCUCAACUUCCCAACAACCAGCCUUGAUGUAAGCCUGGCUGAAGCGAUUCUUUGCCUUGUUCUGCUACCGACAUUUGUCAUCCAGUUGUACCCGGUCGCGAGGUGUGUAGAUGAGCUUCUGACCUGCACGGGUUACGUUAGCCUCUCCUCGGACGACUCCGACGAGACUUUGGAAGAGUCGGAGGAGAACAGAGGCCAGGGCUCCGUGGUGAAAAUUCUUGCGCGAUGGCUGCUUGUUGUCAUCUCUUGCGUCUUGGCCGCGGUGAUGCCGGACCUGGCGUGCGUCUCCGGCUACAGCGGUAGCUUUGCCAUGAGCGUGAUUGGAUUUUUCCUGCCUCCGUUGAUCCACCUGAAGCUCCACCACUUUCGCGUCUCAGCGUUGGACUGGUUCCUUGACCUGGGAUUGCUUGCUGUGGGUGUGACCGCCUUGGUUUUAGGUGUGAGCAAUACGCACUGCAGUGCAAGUUGA